CCUUUCCCACUCCUUAUCCUAUUUUUUAGGAAAAACAGUACAAAAACCUCUCCAACCGGCUCCCUUUCUCACCCCUCAUCUUUGAGGGACCCCUAAAAUUGCAUCUUCGAACCUCAUCUGUAGGAAGUGUGUACCGAGCCCCUAUCCAUCAACGACCGAGCUUCCCGCGCCGCCACGGACAUCUCCUCCGCCAUCCACGCCAGGUACACCUUCGCCCCCCCUCCCCUGUCCCGCCGCCUGGCACGCCGACGCCUCCUCCGCUUGCCCGGCAAGCGGCUCCUCCGUUUUGGCCGACGCAGCCGCCUCCUCCGCGUGCCCCACGCCGCCGAACCCCGUGGCCGCCCGCGCCGCUGGCCCCCUUCGCCGCUCGCGCCGCUGGCCCCCUGGCUGCGCCGCCGGACCCCUUGGCCGCCCGCGCCGCUGGCCCCCUUCGCCGGCUUCCCGCGCCGCCACAGACAUCUCCUCCGCCAUCCACGCCAGGUGUAGGUUACAACAAUGGAUAGUUUUUUGGAUUUGAUGAGUGAUCCAAACAUUGAAGACAAUGGACCGUAUUGGGAUGAUAGUCAAUUUGCAAGCCCACUUGAGGAGCAACAAACGCCACAUGUAGAAGCUGGUGCAUCCCAAAAAGCAAAAAAGGCUAGAUCAAAAAAUUUCAGUGUAAAAGAAGACAACAUGUUGGUGUCGGCAUGGCUAGAAGUUAGUUUGGAUGCUAUACAAGGGAAUGAACAAUCACGUGCUACGUAUUGGCAAAGAAUUACUGAUUAUUUUCAUGAGCACAAGGACUUUGCAUCUGAUCGUAAUUCCAAUUCUCUACAGCAUCGUUGGUCUGUCAUACUAGAAGGUGUUAACCGAUUUUGUGGAUGUUAUGUUCAGAUUCAAAACAGGAGGCAAAGCGGGGUGACAGAACAAGAUAAGGUAAUGCAUGCAUGUGAAUUGUAUAAGUCAAAAGAUCCGAAAGGCAGAUCGUUCGGAUUGUUGCAUUGUUGGAAUAUCUUGCAGCACGAGCAAAAGUGGAAGGAUAGGUGCGGCGAGAAAAAACAGAAGACAUCCACCACUGGAAGUCCAUUGUCCAGUCCUGGGACCAAUGAGAGUCAUCUAGAGGUUGAUGGGGAGGGUCAUACUUCAGAGCCCGUGGUUAGGCCAGUAGGUAGGAAGGCGGAGAAAGAGCGACAGCGGCGAGGUAAAAAUCCCAUUUCUUCUGGAGAUAAUCUUUACAUGGAAGCGAUGGAAAACUUGUGGGCUAAGAAGAAAGAGGCAGAAGCCUUGAAAGAGGUUGCAAAAAAAGAGCGCAAUGAUGAAAGACUUGCACUUGAGAAGAAAAAGAUUGAACUGAAGGAACAAGAUAUUGAGUUAAGGAGAAGGAUUGAAGAUGAUAAGGUGAUGAAUAUGGAUCUUAGUGCUAUGAGUGAGCGACAACGACAUUACUAUACACGCUUGCAGGAUGAGAUCAUUGCUCGGCUGUUUGGCACAGGCUCGGGUUGAGCUACUUCAUAUAUAGAACUUUAAGUAUUUUGUUGGCACUUUAAGUAUGUUGUAUAAACUUUAAGUAUGUUGUAUAAACUUUA